UGGAAUGUUUCUGGUUAGAGAUGUUAUUUGUGGUUUAUGGUCAUGCUGACCUUAGUCAUUAGACUGAUGGCUUUUGGAUUUAGGCAGUUUUUUUUUUUUAUUAAGGUGAACUUUAGAAUGAGGGGCUUGUCCAAGAUGGCGAUGCUCCUGCUCUGUCAGAACAAAGUUGCGAUGUGAUAUGAUGUGAUGUGGAUGCUGAGUAGUUAUCUAGGCUCACUCACAGGUAACAAACUUGCUUUUGUACUUCUUCCAACCAACCUCAUCCUCAUUAGCAUGGGUGAUUCAAAUUUAUGCCUCAGCAAAAUUACAAAUGACUCCUGGUCAUGGAUCUUCAUGCCAUGCAUGAAUAGUCAAAAUCACCUUAGUCUGGCAUUUUGAGAGUGUUCUAGUUAUUAGUGCUGCUUGUUAAAUAUUACCUGCUUUCUACAUUACGGGCAUGGGGUAGAAUUACACUUCUCUUCUAUUCUUUGAAAUUGGGCAUGGCUAUGAGAAUUACUUUGGCCAGUGUGUUGGGAGAAAAGCUGAGUGUUGGGAGAAGCUGAGGCAGGGCUUGCAUGUCUGACAUAAUGUAAAAGAGUCUUGGAACAUGUCCAGGGUCCAGGGUCUAAAACUCCUCAUGGCCUUUGGAACACUAAGCUCUGUGCUAAAGGGUGGAAGGCUACCCUGACGCACCAUAAUCUAAACCCAGGGCAUAAAUCCCCUUGUGGCUCUGGAAUGUGUCUAGACUUGCUGGCUCCUUGCUUCUAGCCCUCUCAGGCUCCUAGAUUGAUUGUGUCUUAGAAUUGGCCAUAUAAAGGCUAAACCAUCACAACUGUAAAUCUUGUGCUUAAUGCAACGCUCCCUUUCAACCCCACAUUCUCACCACCUGUUUCUUUGAUCACCAAUAAAUAGUCUGGGCUUGCAGAGCUCAGGGCCUUCACAGCCUCCAUACUCACAUUGGCCCCCUGGACCCACUUUAUCUCUCAAACUGUCUUUUCUCAUUCUCUUGACUCCACUGGACUUCAUUGCCCCCACGACCUGGUGUUGGGUCUGAUCACCCCAACAUUCCUGGCUGCCCAACAUGGGGCAAGAAAGACUCCGAUGAAGGAAUGCUAGAGCGUGUAAAACAGAGGACGCAUCAUCAACGGACACCCGAGGAUGACUGAAAGAAGCUCAGUGGGAAAGCUGAGUACUCGGAAGAACCAGGGUAACAAUGGGACAAAGUGAAAGCAAACAUUCUGCUUACUCGAAUUUCUUAAAGCAUUUAUUAUGUAGAGGGUGAGGCAUGGGGUGUAAGACCCAGUGGAAUCUGAGGCUUGUUUAUUCAGAGGGCCCCACUUAGAGAAAAAGAAGACAAAGUGAGGACUUAGAAGGAACCUGGGCAAGUAAAGUCAUCUUGAAGCUUCAGUUUCAUGGUUAACCUGCCUCUGCUAGAGAAAAACAGAUUUAAUGAGAACAGAGGCAUGAUAUGGGCUGAAUGUAAAGAAAUUUGGACUCAAGGCCCCAAGGAAUAUUUGUUUGAGUUGUGGAAUAUGCUUGAUUUUGGUAUGUUAGCAAUUUUUUCAGCAUCAUUCAUUGUAAGAUUCAGGGCAUUCUGGCAUGCUUCCGAAACACAGAGCAUCGUUGAUACAAAUGAUACUUUGAAGGACUUGACAAAAGUAACAUUGGGAGAUAAUGUGAAAUACUACAAUUUGGCCAGGAGGGAGUGGGACCCCUCUGAUCCUCAGAUGGUGUCUAAAGGUCUUUGUGCAGUUGCUGUGGUUUUGAGUUUCUCUGGGAUAGCUUGUAUUUUGCCAGCAAAUGAAAGCUUUGGACCUCUGCAGAUGUUGCUUGGAGGAGCAGUCAAAGACAUCUUCAGGUUCAUGGUCAUAUUCAUUAUGGUGUUUGUGGCCUUUAUGAUUGGAACGUUCAACUUCUACUCCUACUACAUUGGUGCAAAACAAAAUGAAGCCUUCACAACAGUUGAAGAGAGUUUUAAGACACUGUUCUGGGCUAUAUUUGGACUUUCUGAAGUGAAAUCAGUGGUCAUCAACUAUAACCACAAAUUCAUUGAAAAUAUUGGUUAUGUUCGUUAUGGAGUCUAUAAUGUUACAAUGGUCAUUGUUUUGCUAAAUGUGUUAAUUGCCAUGAUCAACAAUUCAUUCCAGGAAACUGAGGAUGAUGCUGAUGUGGAGUAGAAAUUUGCAAGGGCCAAACUCUGGUUUUCCUGCUUUGGGAGGGGAGAGCACUUCCUGUUCCCUUCAAUCUGGUUCCAGGUCCGGGGUCCCUGUUUUGUCUCUUGCUGAAGCUUAAAGUGUGGAUUUCUGAGCUCUACCCAGGGCCAUAAAAAAGGUUUCCAGGAAGAUGUAGAGAUAAGUAAGUAGAGAUAGAGAUAAAUAGAGAUAGAUAGGAAAAGACAGGGACUUGCAGGAACUCACAGGAACUAACAGGUAUCAUAGGGACAGACAGGGACAGGCAGGGAUAGAUGAAGACUAACAAUAUAAGGUCAGUGCCCUAAAGAGAUACUGAUCAGUGCCCUAAAGAUGUACAAAAGCAAAGACUAGCAAUAUAAGGUCAGUGCCCUAAAGAGGUACAAAAGCAAAGACUAGCAAUGUAAGGUCAGUGCCCUAGAGAGGUACUGGUCAGUGCCCUAAAGAGGUACAAACAUAGAGACUAGCAAAGACUAGCAGAGAUUUGCAGGGACAGACAGGAAUAUUCUGAAUUAUGGAAAUUAGCUAUGGCUCAAAGUCCAGUCAAAGUCUGAGAGGGAAAAUAUAAAAUGAACAGAGGGGAGGGAGGUAAGGAUAAAAAUGCUCUUUCUUUUCUCUCCAAUGGGACCUUUUGGAUUCAAAGUUGUGCUAGCAAUAGGAAAUGUUACUCUUGAUAUAAAUACACACUUUAUUACAUGCCCUGAAUGUUGCUUGUUUACCUGCCUUGAUUCAACCUUUGAUAAAAAUCAAACUGUCUUGAUAAUUAAAGCCAGGGAAGGAGUUUGGAUCCCUGUGUCUCUAAAUAGACCAUGGGAGACAUCACCAUCUAUUUGUAUUGUAACUGAGAUCCUUAAAAAACUCUUAUCCCAUUCCAAAAGAUUUACAGUUGAAGGCCAUUGGAGGCUCUACAUUUGUGGAUUUUGUUCUGGUGGUUGUGUGCUUGUGCUGUCUCCUUUUAGUCUACAGAUGCAGAAGCCACCUCUGAAGAGGAAGCUGCCUCUGAAGAGAAAGCCGUCAUCAAGAACAAGCAAUGAUAGCUGUGGCGGUUUUAUGAAAAAGAAAAGGGGGGCAUGUUGAGAGGAAAGCUGAGUAUUGGGAGAAGGUGAGGCAGGGCUUGCAUGUCUGACAUAAUGUAAAAGAGUCUUGGAACAUGUCCAGGGUCCAGGGUCUAAAACCCCUCAUGGCCUUUGGAACACCAAGCUCUGUGCUAAAGGGUGGAAGGCUACCCUGAUGCACCAUAAUCUAAGCCCAGGGCAUAAAACCCCUCGUGGGUUGGAUAGAAUCCAGGGCUCAGGGCAUGAAACCCCUCAUGGCUUUGGAAUAUGUCUAGACUUGCUGGCUCCUUGCUUCUAGCCCUCCCAGUCUCCUAGAUUGAUUGUGUCUUGGAAUUGGCCAUAUAAAUGCUAAACCAUCACAACUGUAAAUCAGGUGCUUAAUGCAAUGCUCCCUUUCAACCCCACAUUCUUACCACCUGUUUCUUUGUUUGAUCACCAAUAAAUAGUCUGGGCUUCCAGAACUCUGGGCCUUCACAGCCUCCAUACUCACGUUGGCCCCCUGGACCCACUUUAUCUCUCAAACUGUCUUUUCUCAUUCCUUUGACUCCACUGGACUUCAUUGCCCCAAUGACCUGGUGUUCGGUCUGAUCACCCUACCACAAUGAAAUGUUAUAAUUUACUUCCAGACAGAAGCUUCAAGAGCUAUUGUACAAUUUGUGUGGGCAGAGCAAGCUCCCACAGUUUGAGUGAAAGUUCAAAGUGUGAAAAGUUAAUAGACAUGCUACAGAAGGUUGAGGUGGAAAGCUGUCAGUGUGAAAAGCUACAGCUGGUGUCUGAACUGGGCUGAGGAAACUGAUGCAAGGCAAUUUAUAUUUAACCUACAUAAUUGUAUAUCCAUCAUACUUUGCCUAUCCAUUCUCCCAGAGAUAGGCAUCUUGGUGGACUCCAACUUCCUGCUCCUGGUCCUAAAAAUAGUGCCAGUGAACAUACUUGUACAUAUUUGCCUAUCUGUCUACAUAUCUAUCCAUCCAUCUCCAGGAAUGAAAUUGCUAAUAGGCAUUGACCAAGACAGAAUUAAUGUUCUUCUCAGCUUGACUAAAAUUUAGACUGAUUUCUCCCUGACUAUAGAUCCCUGACCUCCUUUUGCUUAGAGCAUUUACUUGAGAAAAUAUGCAAUUGUAAAUUCUUUCUUUCCCUUUUUUUCUCUUUCUUUCUUUCUCUUUCUUUCUUUCUUUCUCUCUCUCUUUCUCUCUCUCUCUUUCUCUCUUUCCCCCUCUGUCCCUCCCUCCCUCACCUCCCUCCUUCCUUCCUUCCUUCCUUCUCUCUUUCGCUGUUUCUUUCUUUUCUGAGAUAGUGUCUUUCUCUGUCAGCCAGGCUAUAGUGCAGUGGCAGGAUCAGGGUUC